AUGGUAUAUUUCCCUUCCCAGAGUUCCGGUGAGAUCAUUGAUAGUGACCCAGAGAGGAAUGAAAUCAUCUCCUACGUCUCAUCGGGGUACAUAUAUCUCUCGCCGUCGCAGAAACUAGUCUGCGCGGGUGAGGCAUAUGACGGGGCCCUAGCCACCUCUGUCUUCAACUGCGCCAACAUGACCGAGACCGGACUGGUUGAUAACACAAUGGCAUCCUUCAGUGACGAUGGGCGUUCUGCGCAGUGGAGAGGAUACAUCCUGUCUAAUUAUCCAUUGUUCUCGCAAGUAUGCUCGUCCAAGGAGGCGAGACCUUCGCAGGCUUAG